AUGGAAGAUGUAGGAGAGGAAAUAGGAAUUCAUGUUGAGGCACAAGCAGAGGAAUUUGCGCAGCAUGGAUUGCAAGCAGAUGGAGAAUUAAAAUAUUGGGGUCCUCCAGUGCCCCUGUCUCCUUGGAAUGACACAAAGGAUGCUUUAUCAUAUCCCGAGAGGUGCAUACAGAGGCUUGGUGAUGGAACCAUAGAAGGAGUUGAGGACUGUCUCUACCUAAAUGUCUUUACCCCAGAGCUACCAUCAAAUAUUAGUGUCCCAAGACCCGUACUAGUGAUGAUACAUGGUGGCUGCUUUAUGACAGGUUAUGCUGAAGAACGUCCACUAGAUUUCUACAUAGAUCAUGGGAUUGUUGUAGUUACCAUACAGUAUCGUCUUGGAGCUCUGGGAUUCAUGAGUACAGGUGAUUCUUUACUGCCUGGAAAUCUUGGAAUGAAAGAUCAAGUCCUUGCACUGCAGUGGGUAAAACAAAACAUUCUUGCAUUUGGUGGUAAUCCAGAUGAAGUUACCAUUGAGGGCCAAAGUUCAGGAGGAGCUGCAGUUCAAUACCACAUGAUGUCACCCAAGUCAAAAGGUCUUUUCAAACGUGCCAUAGCACAAAGUGGAUCAGCACUUUGCCCAUGGUCAUUUUCUAAAAAUGCUACAGAUAGGACCUAUCGUUACACAUCAUACUUGGGACAUGAUGCACAGAACUCUUCUGAUCUGAUGGAAUUUCUGAUGACAGUUGAUGCAACAGCCCUGGUGGAAGCAAGAUACCCCGCACUAAAUCAAGAGGAUAGAUUAAAUACUCUUAUCUGUGUAUGGGCACCACACGUGGAACCAGAGCAUGAAGAUGCCUUCUUGACAGAAGAGCCAUGGGUCAUAAUGUCAGAAAACCGCUACACUCAUGUUCCUUACCUAACGGGAGUCACAGACUAUGAAUUGCUGAUAAGGACACAAGAAAAUGAGAUGUUUGGAACAGAAGAAGGUAUACAGAAUUUGAAUGAUAACUUUGAUGGCUAUGUUGCUCAUGAGCUUCGAUUUCCAACCAGAGAAGAGCAAUUGAAUGUAUCAGCACAGAUUCGACAGUUUUACUAUGGAGACAGUGAGAUAACACUAGAAUUAAAUGACACAACAGCAACUAUGAUAUCAGAUCUUAUGAUUGUGGAAGCAGUAGACACCACUGUACGAAACAUGAGUAGGGAUUCUUCAGAACCUGUUUACUAUUAUCAGUUUUCCUUCAGUGGACCUCUCAAUGCAUAUCCUGAUUUCCCAGGUGCUUCCCAUGGUGAUGACAGAAGAUACAUGAGUUACUAUACAUCACUAGAAACAGAUUCUGCUGGAUACAGAAUCGCAAUGCAGUUGUUACAACUGUGGACAAAUUUUGUGAAAUAUAGUGAUCCAAUUCCAUAUGACACUGAUGAAUUACUUACAGAAGACUGGAAACAAUAUGAGGCAGACAGCACAAAUUAUCUAGGAAUAGGCUCCACUCUUGAAGCAGGUACAGGGCUCAACAAGGAACGGAUGGAUUUCUGGCACAGUGUGAUGCCAUAAGUUAGUUAGUGAUGUUACAAAAUCUGAUAAGCAACCUGUAUACCUUAAUUUGCAUUGAAAAAUCAUAUCACAAAAACUGUUAAUGAAUAUACCUCAAAAAGAUGGAAGAGAAUCAUCCACACGAAAUACUCCUUGCAAUAUCAUAAAACUAUGAAUCUAUUUAAUUUCUAUAUAUUGUGUGUCUUGUAGGUAGCUAAUUUAAGUUCCAAUGUUUAGAAAAUAAAUUCAA